AUGUCGACCGAAAAACGGCCAGCUACUUCAGAAAAUACCGAAGAGCAAAAUGAUGAGGAAUGGAUUGGGCCAGUGCCAUCUGAAGCGGCUAAACCUAAACCAAAGAAACGAAAAGUGUUGGAAUUUGAAUCUCUAUACCUUGAAAAUUUACCAUCAUCUGAAACAUAUGAAAAAAGUUACAUGCAUAGAGACGUGGUUACUCAUGUUAUUGUCACAAAGACGGACUUCGUUGUAACUGCCAGUCAAGAUGGCCAUCUUAAAUUUUGGAAGAAACAGGAAGAGGGAAUUGAGUUUGUCAAACACUUUCGUUGCCACUUGGCCCCUAUAAGUCAUGUUGCUGCUAAUAGUACUGGUUCUUUGCUUUGCACAACUUCACCUGAGAAGACGGUCAAAGUCUUUGAUGUUGUAAAUUUUGAUAUGAUUAACAUGAUAUCUAUAGAAUUUGAACCAUACUGUGCAGAAUGGGUGCACUCUGCAGGUGAUCCCAUAUCAGCAUUAGCUAUAUCAGAGAGGUCAACAAAUAAAAUCCAUGUGUUCGAUGGAACACAGAGUUCUGGCAUUCCAUUGCACACUUUUGAAACACUGCAUCAAAGUGUGGUAGCCACCAUUGCAUAUAAUCCAGUCUUUGAGACUGCAGUAUCUGUUGACAAGGCGGGAAUUGUGGAAUACUGGACUGGGCCGAAACACGAGUUCCAGCUUCCAAAAAAUAUAAAAUUUCGUUCGAAAUUGGAUACAGAUCUGUUCGACUUUGUCAAGCACAAGACAUAUCCCACUUCAUUGGCAUUCUCACCUGAUGGAAAGAAAAUGGCUUCAAUCAGUUUGGACAGGAAGGUGCGCGUUUUCCACUUCCUUUCGGGAAAACUGUACAAGGUUCUUGACGAGAGUCUCCAGCGGUUCCAGGACUUGCAGCACCAGGCGCAGCAGUUGCCCAAUAUGGAGUUUGGUCGCAGGAUGGCGACCGAGCGAGAGCUGGAGAAGUCCGAGAGCGCGCGCCUCGCCAACGUGGUGUUCGACGAGAGCGGCCACUUCCUCUGCUACGCGACCAUGCUCGGCGCCAAGCUGGUCAACCUGACCACCAACCGCUGCGCCGCGAUGCUCGGCAAGCCGGAGAACCUGCGCCCGCUGCACCUCGCGCUGUUCCAGGGGCGCACGAACCAAUCUAAGGUGGCGGCGACCCUCGAGAUGGAGGGCUCGGAGAACCCCGCGCUGCUCACGGUGCGCACGGACCCCACGCUCUUCUGCAGCGCGUACAAGAAGAACCGCUUCUACCUCUUCACGGGGCGCAGCCCUGACGACGUGAAGAGCCCCGAAGCCGACCGGGACGUAUUCAACGAGAAGCCCUCGAAGGAGGACAUCAUCUCUGCCACAGAGGGCCAGGGCGUGCAGCGCGUGUACGAGCAGGCGAUCCUGCACACGUCCCUGGGCGACGUGCACGUGCGCCUGUUCGGCGAGGUGGCGCGCGCGGCCGAGAACUUCUGCGGGCUGGCGCGCAGCGGCUACUACAACGGCCACCUGUUCCACCGCGUCAUCCGCGGCUUCAUGGUGCAGACCGGCGACCCCACCGGAACCGGCACGGGCGGCGAGAGCAUCUGGGGCGGAGAGUUUGCGGACGAGUUCAAGCCGCACCUGAAGCACGACCGGCCCUACACGGUCAGCAUGGCCAACGCGGGGCCCAACACCAACGGCAGCCAGUUCUUCAUCACGCUCGCGCCCACCCCGUGGCUGGACAACAAGCACACGAUAUUCGGACGCGUCGUCCGCGGCAUGGAGGUCGUGCAGAACAUCGGCAACGUGAAGACCAACCCGAAGACCGACAGGCCCUACGACGACGUGCGGAUCAUCUCCGUCACGGUCAAA